UGUUGACAUGUGUUCGCCGAGGUCCUUGUGCGAAUUACCGUGUGAAAAUUUCCCAUCGUUGCUCGACGCAAAAGACUGCGCAGACGUUUUCAAAGUUUGUACGUGCUCAUUGUGAGCCGAGAGGGAACCCACGGAUUUGAUCUCUAUGUUUGUACUGCUCAGGGAAAGACAUUGCGUAAACCCCAAAGUUGACGACUGGUAAAAUAAUGAAUGAAUGCCACAUUGAAUGAGCAAACUCACUAAUCAGAUACAAGCAAAGACUUAGUGUCCUUUUUAAAAGAAGGCGAAGAAUCUUACUUGGAUAAGUCUUAUAUAAGAAGUAAGGUGAUAAAGAACUCGAGAAGUUCUCUCAAGACCUGCAUUUAAUUGCAUCGAUCUCUUUUCCUGGAGUAUAUAGCCUUUGCUUUGAAGACGGCUAGGAGAUUAAAGACAUGGAAAAUUUAGAUUACUUUAGAGGUUCUUAUAUUCAAUCCCAGAUAUAACACGCAGCAUGGAAUAAUUUCUAAUUGGUUAGGUAUCCCUGUGCGAGGCCUUGGCGAUAUCUGGGGAUAUAUUAAGCAACAAGGCUAGCAUGUUUAUUGUCUUUCGCAUUUUAUCCUAAGUGUCUCAAAUAGCCACCGGUGUAUAGCGCGACAAGACAUAUUUUCGCAUAAAACAGGCCGAACAUUUAUUGUAGACUGAUUCCAGUGGAAACCCGUUGCAAAAUGCGCUUGUUCAGUCUCUCGCGUAUCGUUGGUCUGCUUCUAGCGACAAGCUCGUUGGUCGACAGCCAGGCUUCAUUCGACAAUCCGGUAAUUUACGAAGACUUCCCCGACAACGAUGUGUUUGUGGGCCCCGAUGGCGCGUACUAUUUUUCCGCAUCCAGUUUCCACUACAGCCCUGGUGCUCCAAUUCUCAAAUCCGAAGACUUGGUCAAUUGGGAAUUGAUAGGCCAUUCCGUUCCGCGACUAGACUUUGGUGAUGGAUAUGAUCUCGCGCCUGGAAAACGCGCAUACCGUGGAGGCAUCUGGGCGUCCACUAUGAGGUACCGCAAGAGCAACGGCCUAUGGUAUUGGCUUGGAUGCACCAACUUCUGGAACAAUUGGAUCUACACUGCUCCAAAUGCUACUGGACCGUGGACAAGGCUGGCAUAUCUUGGUGGCGGGAGCUGUUACUACGACACGGGUAUGCUCAUUGAUGAUGAUGACACAAUAUAUGUUGUUUAUGGCAACCCAAAUAUUCAGGUCGCUCAGCUCUCCGCGGAUGGAACCAGUCAAGUUAAAUCUGCCAGUGUUCUGAAUGCUACAGAUGUCAGGCUCACGGAUAUCGAGGGGAACCGCAUGUAUAAGAUCAACGGCACUUACUACAUCCUCAAUGACCAUCCUGGUGACACGACAUACAUUUGGAAAUCGAAGAACAUCUGGGGGCCCUAUACAUCUAAGAUCCUCGUCAAAAGUGCCGCUCCUCCUAUCGAAGGCGGCGGCUCUCCUCACCAGGGCAGUCUUGUGCAAGCCUCUACAGGGGAAUGGUAUUUCAUGUCCUUUACGUGGGCCUUUCCUGCCGGCCGACUUCCCGUUCUCGCACCCAUCAAAUGGGGCUCUGACGGCUUCCCCGUCUUCGUCAACGGCUCCAAUGGUGGCUGGGGAGCAUCAUACUCUAUGCCACUCCCAGCGAGACAAACAAAGAGCUGGACAGGUACAUAUAAGUUCCAAGGCACUACACUAGACCCGCAUUUUGAAUGGAACCACGACCCCGAAAUCGCAAAAUACUCGGUCAACAACGGUCUUACCCUGCACACUGCAACCAUAACCUCAGACAUUUACUCCGCGCGCAAUACACUUACACACCGUAUCCAUGGCCAAUAUCCCAACGCUACUGUCCGAUUCGACAUCUCCAAGAUGGCUGACGGUGAUCGCACGGGUCUAGCGGCUUUUCGAGAUCGCAGUGCUUAUAUCGGCAUCCACCGUUCGGGGAAUACGAAUUCCAUCGUGGCGAAGUUCAACAUGACAAUCGACGAGUGGGGCAGCGAUACUUUGGAUAAUGGGACAAUUGUUGCUACCGCCCCACUGGCUUCGGAUGUGACUUCCCUUUGGUUCCGAACGACUAUGGACGCCAGACCAAACGGGAGCAAUGAUGCAAAGUUUUAUUACAGUGUAGAUAACAAGACAUUCACGCAGCUAGGAGAGCCUUACAAGCUAUAUACUGGGUGGGCGUUCUUUUUGGGUUAUAGAUUUGGGGUGUUUAACUUUGCCACAGUGGCGCUUGGUGGUUCUGUGAAGAUUGAUGAAUUUACUGUUGCUUGAACAUUAGGGAGUCUUAUCGGUAGCGGGCACAUAUUUUCACGAGUUCAGAAUUAAAUUUGUUGAAUGUGAUAAUAUCUACCAAAAUAUUCACUCGGUUUUGCUCUUAAGUGGGAAACUCAGUAUUAGACGUAAAUUUCGUUCUUCUAGAGUCUAGCAGUCAAUAGUAAGGUCUGAUAACAGCGUUACUAAUGAAGAGAUUGUAAAUACAUUCGCAAUACAAAGACAUAUUAACACACACACACACACACACACACCGCUGCCGACAUAACCGCCAGCCCGCGUAGCACCUUUCGUUGCAGCAAUCAACACACCAGCGUUCUGUUUACAGACCUAGCGAUAGAAGAUAUCGUUAUGAACUUGCCGAUUACCGACACUGCCCACUAAGCUAGCCUUAUCAGUGCCGGAACUGACAAGCUUGUAUCAUGGGCCUUUGCUAUGCAACUCUCUUUGAUCAUUUAACACAUCAUCGUAUAUGACUGCUGUGGGCCAUGGCCAAUCGCCAAGUCUACAAUUCUACUUCCGUUCAGCUUGAGAUCUUUCCCUUUCAUCUCUCGUUUUGUGACUAGCCCUGUUUACAUGAAUCGCAUCACAUCAGCCCCCGGCAAAUGUGCCAGUGAUGUGAUGGAUUUCCAUGGUGUUGAUGCGCACAGACCACCGCCCUAUUAUACAGCCCUCGUAACCUAUCCUCUGAGUAUCACAGCAGCAUUCAACGCUAGUUUCCAAUAAUCUACUAUAUGCAAUUUUUGUGCCUCAUUUCUACCCCAUCAGUGAGCGAGAAAAUGGCCUAGCAUAGCCACGGGGAAUAACUUUCGUCGGUGCUGAAAUGUAGACGUCUAUGAGGCUUAGCAUGAAGCUUGUUGUUUGCCGAUAAUAUGUGGGUCGCAAGGUGCAUAUUCAGCUCGAGCCCACUUCGUACCCACGCCUUGAACGCGUGGCAUACCGUAGACAUUGGCAUAUCGAGGUUAACACGAUCGUUUUUUUUUGCUCGCUGACUCGUU